AUGGCUGCAUGCAAAGAAUAUUACAAGUUUCUAACAAGUGGUAUCGAUGAUCUUGAACGUGUUUUCACCUCCACUGAUUCCAUGUCAAUCCAAUUCCUCCAAAAGACUCUUUCUUUCUUAAGAUCAAUUAAUACCCAGUUUACGCUUUUGGUUCAUAAGAUUCCAUUGAAUUCCGGCGAUAAGUGGUUGUAUGAAUACAUGAAGGAGAGUGAUAAAUAUUGGAAACUCUGCAAAAUUCUUAAAUCUAUCAUCUCACGCAUGGAUAGUUUUUACUCAAAUGCAUUCAAUUUCAUCUCCUCUUUCGAGGAUGAUCAAGAUCAUAUACACCAACAUAUUCGUCUUCAUCGGGAACAAGUUUUGUACUCUAUCGGUUCUUGCAAAUUAAUGGCGAGGAGAAUGGAAGAAGCAAACGGUUUUGAUGCGUUUCCACUGCCAUUGAAUUUCGACAAUAUUAAUGUAAUGAACGAAUUCAAAUUAAUUGAAUUCAACGGAUUCAAAGGAGUUUUGUAUGCGAUUAGUAACGUCAGUUCACUUCUCUUUGCGAUAUUGGUUUAUGGAUUGAUGAAUUAUUCGCCUGAAUAUGGGUAUUUAAAGGGAGAUGAUGAUUUAAGUGGGCGUUUGUUAUUCGGAUCUGGGUGUUUGAUUUCUAUGGAGAGAUUGAAGAAGAAAGUCGCGAUGGAGAUCGAAAGAACGCAGGAAGGGAAUGAAGGAUUGUUGAUGUAUGAAUUCAAACGCACGAUGUCGGCGGUGGAGGUUUUGGAGAUAAGAUUGAGAGAGACUAGAGGAAGGGUUGCAUGGAGAAAAAAUUUGAAGAUUAGAAAGAAAAUUGAUGAUUUGAAGGAUUGUUUGGAAAUGCUUAAAUCUGGGACUCAGAUUAUUAGAGUAGAGAUUCAUGAUUUCAUUGAUGAAAUUAUGGAAGAGAGAAAGAAAAUGUUUGAUUUUUCUAUUAGUAAACAAUAG